AUGGUCUACGGGCCAGGCGACAUGGCUGUGGGCUGCAGACCAGGCGACGUGGCUGUGGGCUGUGGACCAGGAGCUGACGGCAGUGCAGCAGCUUCCGGAAAUGGUCCUGGGGCCGCCCCCACCGGCCCUGCGGGGGGCUCGCGCCCGUCCUCCCGGAACCUAGGCUCUGCGGGCGGUGAGAAAGAGGAGGGCAAGAAGGUGCGGCGGCAGUGGGAGUCCUGGAGCACGGAGGACAAGAACACCUUCUUCGAGGGGCUGUACGAGCACGGGAAGGACUUCGAGGCCAUCCAGAACAACAUCGCCCUCAAGUACAGGAAGAAGGGCAAGGCUGCGAGCAUGGUGAAGAACAAGGAACAGGUCCGCCACUUCUACUACCGCACCUGGCACAAGAUCACCAAGUACAUCGACUUCGACAACGUGUUCUCACGUGGCCUGAAGAAGUCGUCCCAGGAGCUUUACGGCCUCAUCUGCUACGGCGAGCUGCGCAAGAAGAUCGGGGGCUGCAUGGACGACAAGAAUGCCACGAAGCUCAACGAGCUCAUCCAGGCCGGGGCCACCACAGUGCGCUACAAAGGCAGGAACUUGCGGAUCAAGGCACCCAUGUGUCGAGCCCUGAAGAAGCUCUGUGACCCUGACGGCCUGAGCGACGAGGAGGACCAGAAGCCGGUGCGCCUGCCCCUGAAGGUGCCCGUGGAGCUGCAGCCGCGGAACAACCACGCCUGGGCCCGUGUGCAGAGCCUCGCCCAGAACCCACGGCUCAGGAUGAUCGUGGAGCUGCACCGCAAGGUCUCCAGCCUCAUUGAGUUCCUGAAACAGAAGUGGGCGCUGCAUGAAGUGCGUGUUCUGAAGACGCUGGAGGAGCGGCAGGACCCCUGUGCUGAUGUGGCCGGGCACCCCCGCACCCCAGAGAGGGUGGCGCUGCACCUGUUCCCGGGCGAGAACUGCACGGUGACGCCGCUGCCGGGCGUGGCCCGGGUGGUGCACUCCAAGGCCUUCUGCACGGUGCACUGGCAGGAGAGCGGCCGCUGCAAGCAGGGUGCCCGCGACACCCAUGUGCUGCCACCCGCCCAGAUCCUGGGCAUCCAGAGUGGCCAGGGCACGGCUCGGGGCCAGGUCAGGUGCCCCCGGGGCGCGGCUGAGGGCAAGACUGGCUCGCGGGCCCCUGCUCCCGCAGACGCCUCUCAGAGCUCCGGGGAGAGCUCCCCAGAGAGCGGCCCUGGGGAGGGGGCCACCCCCGGCCUCAGCAGCCCCGACGCUCCUGACAGGCCCCCCACUGGGCCCCUGGAUGCUGCUGGAGGCCUGGAGAAGGGUCCCCUGGACAGCCUCGCCCACACCCCAGACCCCGUGCCCGCUGAGCCGUGCGCCUGUGGCCAGCCCCCGGAGCUGGAUGAGGAGCUGUCCCUGCUCGACCCGUUCCCCCGCUACAUGAAGUCCUGCCAGGACCUCAUCAUCCCCGACAAGUGCCACUGUGCGGACUCACGGACGAGGGGCGAGCACCCGCCCCCUGGGGGCUGCACCGUGCCCGAGGCCCACCCCCCCAGCGACCCCAGUGCCCUGGAGGUGGCUGACCUGGCUCGGGGUCCGUCUCCUGUCAGCGUCCCAGCCCAGCUGGAGCCUCAGCCCGGCCAGAGUGACGGCAGCAUUAGGGACUCGGCCGAGGUGCCUGCUGAGGAGCCCGUGGAGAAGGGCGGGGCCCUGGACGCCAUGCCGCCUCAGGGCCCGCCCGCCAGCCGGCUGGCCCAGCAGGUGCGUGAGGAGGGCUGGAACCUGCAGACGUCCGAGAGCCUCACGCUGGCUGAGGUCUACCUCAUGCUCGGCAAGCCCAGCAAGCUGCAGCUGGAGUACGACUGGCUGGCCGUGCAGGGCCCCGAGCCCCGCGCCGGCGCCCCUGCCGCCCUGCACACGCAGCGGCUCCUCAGCUGCCUCCUGAGGCUCAUCGCCACCGAGGUCAACCCCAAGCUGGCUCCUGAAGCGAAUGCCACGCCCACGGCCUCAGCAAAGCCCGCCCAGGAGGAGCAGCCGCUGCCCCUCCCCGGGAAAGUGGUGGCCGUCAGCUCACGGAGCCCCCGCUGCCCCCGCAGCAAGGCCUUCUCCCCACAUGCUGCACCCUGCUCCUCAGGUCUCAGGAACCCCCUGAGGCCCCUCCUGGUAGCCGGCCCCCCGAGCACAGGAAGCAGCGACGCUGACGGGGGCCUUUUUGCCGUCCCCACCACUCUGCCGCCCAACAGCCGACACGGCAAGCUCUUCUCUCCCAGCAAGGAAGGCGAGCUGACGCUGCACCAGCACCUGGGCUCCGUCAGCAUGCAGUCGGACUUCUUCUUGCCAAAGCCCCGGAAGCUGCGGAACCGGCACCUGCGGAAGCCACUGGUGGUGCAGAGGACGCUGCUUCCGCGACCAUCAGAGAGUCAGGCCCACAGCGUCUGUUCCUUCUCCAUCCUGUCCAAUUCCUCUGUCACUGGGAGAGGUUCAUUCCGGCCGAUCCAGUCCUCUCUGACGAAAGCAGCCCUGUCAAGGCCGAUUGUGCCCAAGGUCCUUCCAGCCCAGGCCACCAGUCAGCUGGCCAGUGCCAUUGACUUGGCCGCUAAGAGUGCUGGCAUCAUUCCUGGGAGCCCUCUUCCUGUCUUGGAUGCCGAGGGCUUGGCAGGUAUCCCUCCUCUGUCCUCAGAUGAUGUGACCUCAGCUACCACCAUCCAGGAUCCCACCGGAACCCCCCAGAAUGGACACACCAUCUCCACUGAUGCGGGUUCGAGCAGUCCCUUCAUCAGCGUCCCCUCGAGGCUCGAGCCGGAGUCAGAAGCAGCAGCGGACGGCUUCCAGGCUGCUUCUGCCCUCUCCUUAGCCGAGCUGCCCAAAGCGCCACUCCAAAACGGCCUCUCAGCGCCACUGCCCAACUCGGAAGGUGCCAGCACUCGGCUCUCUCCGCCCAAUGUCUCUGCUCUGCUGGACCUCUCCCUCCCGGGGCCCCCAGAGGACGUGCUCUCGCAGGGCGAGCCUGCCACGCAUAUCAGCGACUCCAUCAUCGACCUGGCCAUUGGCUCUGGCCAGUACGGUGAAGGCAUCUCCCUUUCUCCAGCAAAACUGAAUGGCAGUGACAGUUCUAAGAGUCUGUCAUCCCCGUCCAGCAGCCCCCAGCCCGCUUGGAUUGCCUCUCCCACUCAUGACCCCCAGUGGUACCCCAGCGACUCCACCGACUCGUCACUCAGCAGCCUCUUUGCGAGCUUCAUCUCCCCAGAGAAGAGCCGAAGGAUGCUGCCGACGCCCACUGGGACCAACAGCGGCACCUCCUUGCUAGGUCCCAGCCUGCUGGAUGGAAACUCACGGGACUCCUUUGUGUCCCGGUCCCUGGCCGACGUGGCAGAGGUCGUGGACUCGCAGCUGGUGUGCAUGAUGAACGAAAACAGCAUCGACUACAUCUCUCGGUUCAAUGACCUGGCUCAGGAGCUGUCCGUCACCGAGCCCAGCCGCCGUGAAGUCUUGUUUGACAGUGGCGGGGCCCCCAUCGGCGACCUGUCCCAGUGA